AUUCCAAUGGCUUACGGGCGUGUGAAUGUUUUUUUUUUAAAUGGACGACUGGAUGAAUUGCUUGUAGGCGAUGUAUUUUUCAAAGAGAGAUAAUAUCUUUAGAUAUUUGGCACGCUGAUCAUAUUAUAUUUUAUGUUCCAGAUAUUGGAAUCGACGAAUGGUCUGUUACAUGUUAUGCUUUUUAAUGGGUCAAUACAUCGGAGACCCAUAGCCGAACACUAGCGCGGCUGACUAGUCGGGAGCUGCACAGGCUACAAAUUGGGUUUAUCCUUCAUGAGCAGUAUUUAACCCGUGUGUGCAAGGCCUAAGGUUCGGUGGGCUUCUUGGUCAAGGGACGUCCCAGGGAUUACGGAUAGCGUGGACUGUUCAAGAAACCCAGAGUGGCUUCAUCAGGCAGGUCAGCCCUGAACAGCAGGCACCUUGAGGCAUGCUUUCCCCAGGUGAGCUGACUACAGUGAUGAACAUGCCCCAGUGAGACAGGGCAGGGCAACCUGGCCCAGAGGAGUACUGGAGGUGCCAGAAUAGCUCGGCUACUCUCAAUCAGACGGACGAACACAGAGGGCCCCCCCCUAACCCUCCACCUCACCCACCUCCCCUACUCCUCGCAACCAUGCCAUGGUCACACUGAUCGUCGAGCAUCUGCGGGAACAUAUUCUGGACGGCAACACUCACAAAACGGCCCUCAACGUGUCUCUGCUGGACCCCAACAACCUAGGAAUUUGCUGGCCUACAGAUGGAUUGAUGCCUGAGAGCAGUUAUUGGCAGUUCAGCCCUCCCUCCAAGCCUGGCCUGCAGGGUGUGCUGAGCUCCAGUUUCCCCCCCGGCCCUGUCCCUUUGGUUUCCCCCGAAACCCACCUCCCAGAGGGGGAAGCCCUGCACCGGCCCCUGGUCCCAAGCACCUCAGUAACGGACCUGUCUUUUCCCGGUGCACCCCCUCCCCCCCCGCCGCCCCCCAAACGCCACUGUCGCUCACUGUCCGUGCCAGAGGACCUUUCACGCUGCCGUUACACCUGGCGGCCCAGCGCGUCGAGGGUCUGGACACCUGUGAAUCGCCAAUGCCACAGUGGAGGGGGAGCGGGGGGGCCUUGUCCGCUUCGUGCUCCUAGCUCGUCUCUAAACUCCUCUCUACACUCCUCUUCAAGCCCCACAUUCUUUAGCCUUGCUCUCUCCCCUGACUCCCCACUGCCCUGGAAUUUCCCAUGGGACCCAAGUGACACUGCUGGAGGAGGCGCCUGCUGCUGUUUCUUCCCCUCUCCGUCGUCCUGCUCAUCCUCUCCCUCCCCGCUCCACCCUCCCCCUCCUCCGCAGCGACGCUUCUCGCUGUCCCCUGUCCUUAUCAGAGAAGCUGCUGCUCAGUUCCUGCCCCCGCCUCCAGUUCCACCCCAACGUGCAGCACCCCCUCCAGUUGUGCCUGCUUCGCCCUCCUCUGCCUGCAGCACCCCGUCCUCUCUUCGCCGGGCCAUCCCCCCUCAGCUCCCACGCUGCCACUCCCAGCCCUGCGACCUGCUUCUUCUCAAACCGGGCCUGAAGCGACGGCGUGACCCAGACAGACCAUUUGCCCGGCCAGUACUGGAUUUCACCAAGAUGACUCAGACUCGCAGUACCGACCCCUUGAGUUGUAUGGAGCGUGGGAGGCUGGCUUCGGGGGACGUUUGCAUGGGCCUUGAGCCUUUUUGGGGGGAUUUCAGAGGGUCAUGUUCACCAGCAGAGGGGCUGGGAAGGACGAGCAUUGGACCUCUAAGCGAGAGUGAUGAGGAGGGUGAAGAGGGGGAGGAAGAGGAGGACCCUGAUCGAGAAGAGUGUCAGCCGAGUGUCUUUGAGAGGGAUUGUACAGAACUAGAUUUGAGCCUAAUUGAAGAAAAUUAAAAUCUUGUUAAUUGGAGACUGUUUUUCCCCUCUAGCCCCAGCAUUCAACACUCCACCCCAGCCCUGCUCCGCUUUCAUCAGCAGGGCUCUCAGGAACACGACUUCUCUCUCAUGGGAUGAGCUUGGGUGUAUAUAUAUAAUCUCAUUGACAACAGUCAUGAAUUGCCUACUACCAAUAAGAACAAUUCAUGCAGGUAGCCAUGGAUGCGGUCUUUCCAUCAGAGUACAUUCCAGAACCAGUUGCUGAAACAUUCUUGUGAAUAAUCUGAAUGCUGGAGAUGCCAGCUAUUCCCGUAGUGUGUGUUGAAUGGCUUCUUAAUGCGCCCUCAAACAGACUAGGAUGGAAUGUUAGAAGACUAACAACCUUCUGGUCACUUGCUUUCUUUUACAUGACUUUCCUCUCCAUUGUCUUUUUCGGUACAGUAGUAAGAAUAGACUUUCUUGAAUGAUGGUGAUGAAUUGAAUAUCUGUGUUUUGUUAAGUUUGAUGCAGAAGGGCAGUGUGUCAUUGCAGUUUUAUUCCUGCGGUCCUUAUAUUUCCUGGUAAACAAUCCACAUGAUUCAGCAUAAGCCUUAAGAACAACUUUUUUUCUGUAAACAAAAAAAAAUACUACUCUGAAAAUGAAAUGAAUUGUGUAGCAGUUGAUAUUAGUCCUUUUGUUAUUUAUUUUCUGCUGUUUUCUUAAUAUUUCUUAUCUCUAGGACUCGUCCUCUGAAUAUAGAGAUGUAUAGACAUUGAUAAUAAUGAAUGCACUGUGUUUGACAAGUUAAACAAAAACCUAAAAAUGGGAAGCAACCACUGAGGGCACAUUGUAAUAUUGUAUUAUACAGCGAUCAUUUUGUUGAAAACAAGUUCUGUGUAAAGCUGGUAGCUGACAGACCUGGGGAAGGCCAUUGCUGUCUUUUAGAGAUGUUUUUUAUUGUAUGUGUUAAAAAAUAUGGUGAUUUCAAACUCAGUUUGUGUAUAAAUAAAGUUUAUUGGAAAUUA